GCGAGCAGAGACCCGGGGUCAAGGUCUCACUUGCACGGAUUAAGAGAUUCUGGCCGUUGAUCUUCGCUAUCUACGGUCAAUAUCGCUUAAAAAAUUCGUGUAAGUGGGACCUAGCCCCGGGUGAGCACACAGCGACCGAGGAGUGACAGAACCCCCACUCCCCCACUCCUUUCUGUUGCGAGGAGGGAGCGGGAAUCAAGGAGGGAGAGAGGGGCAAUCAUCAGUGGUCGCGGGUUAUCGCGAGCAGGGGGGCGGGGGAAGGAAAAGGAACGCAUUACGCGCGGUGACACGCGCGGGAAGAAGAGCUGGGGGAAAGGGGAAAGGGCAAAAGGGGGAAAUUGGGCGGGGUCUCGAGCGAGCCAGCAGGCAGAGAUGGAGCUCGAAGAUUACCGCAAUCUUGGGGACUACGACACGUUUGCAUUCAGGACAGCGAGUGCCACAGGCGCGAGUUUCUGCGCGGGUACAUUGCUGGGUGCCAUUGCUGCCACGUGGCAAGAUGUGCCCGUCGUAGAGAGGAACCAGUCCCUUCCCGCCCUUAAAAGGACGGCCAAGGUGAUGGGAUCCUACGGUGCGACGUUCGCAGCCAUCGGAGGAGUCUACGCGGCCACAGAUUGUCUCGCAGAGAGGCUAAGGGGCAAAAAGGAUCUUUUUAACGGCGUCAUCGGGGGAUUGGCGGCCGGGGCAGUAAUCGGCCUGCGAGCUGGGAGCCUGCCGUACGGGCUGGGGGCAUCGGCUGCAUUUGCAGCCAUGUCAGCCAUUGUGGAUGCGGGUGGGCAUGUGGUUCGGACGCCAGUAGAGAGGUCAUUCCUACCAUAUUCAUCGGAGACAGAAAACAAGGUCUGAUGAACAGAAGAAAGAAAAAAAGAGAGAAAAGAGUGAAAGAAACCGAAAAGAAGCGUGUGACGAAUGGAAAUAUCACCUGCGAGUAGGUUGCUGGAUUCUUGUACUGAAUUUGAACUUUUGACGUCGAGCAUCAUCAGGGAGAUAGGACUGCGACAGACCACACCCCCUAAAUAGAUAUAUGCAUAGGUUGCACCGCGACGGGUGGGCGUCCUCACGGAGUGAUAAUUGCAACGAAAUGGCAGUGAGGGACGCAACUGGCUUGCAUGCAGAGAAAAGACGGCGAUGAGUGGAUGCGGAUGAACACACGGUCUUGUUAUUGGUACCUGCUGGUUGCACCUCUUUUGAGCCGUUUUCAGCAUUGACGAGUUUCGGUAAUCCUCCAAGAUCUUGUGCUUUGCACACUUGUGUAUGGGCGAUAGACGGGCAUUUGUUCAAUCUCGGUAGUCUGCAAAAGAUCCUGUGCUUGGCAUAUGGGCGAUAGACGGGCAUGAUUCGUAGUAUGGCAUGGACAAGGUCUUGUGCUUGUGCUUGACGUACUUGGUAGUCUGCGUGCUGACUGUAGCAGCGGAAGCCAUGGCUGUGUCCUCAUGACAGGCAGGGUUGUUGUAUGUGCGAUAGACGGAUGUUUGUGCGCAUUCGGCUGCGCACAGAGUGCCGAGUGAAUUGCGCUAGGCUUGUUCCUUGACCGGGCAAAAGAUAAAAGUCCGAUUUCCCUGUUCCCCUUUCCCCUCCCCAGCCUCCAAUCCAUCUGCCGCUUGACUGUCUAUCUGUUUGUUGCUGUAGUUCUGCACGGCGAAGACUGUUGUUGACAUGGGAGCUGCUGUACGGAUUGCCAAGGAAGUCUGACGAGCCUGUGUGCGGGUGGUGAGAAAGGGUGAAGGAGUAGGUGGUUUGUUGCUAUAGUUCGACACGGCGAAGACUGUCGCUGCCAUGUGAGCUGCUGCUGUACGGAUUGCGGCAGGAGUCUCACGAGCCUAUGUAUGGGUGACACAGGAGGGUGGAGGAGCAGGUGGUUUGUUGCUAUAUUUCGAGACGGCGAAGACUGUCGUUGCCACGCGAGCUGCUGUAUGGAUUGCAGCAGGAGUCUGGUGAGCCUAUGUAGGGGUGGCAGAGAAGGGUGCAGGAGUGGGUGGUUAGAGAUUUGGUAUGCGUUGUUUUUGUGUUUUCACCUCCUCAGCAUCAGCAUGACUGUGAUUCAACCCUUUUUCUGACAUUGCCGGAUGUUUGUUUCUACUUCAUUCAUUAUCGUGAUUACCACUUCAUUCAUAGAUCAUGGAAUUUGUUGUCAUGGCUCUUCCUUCCCCUCCACCAUAGUUAAUCCUUCUUGUUGGUGUGAGAGUCAUAUGUCGGUUCAAGUGGUAUUUUUUCGAAGACUUCAUUCUACAUUACAUGUCCGCCACCGCCUGCGUUCUCCCCCCUCCUAAUUCCUCCUCCCUCUCUCUGCGCUAUCCGUAUGUAUGCCCCCUUGUUCCGAUGCGCUAGCAGGUUCCAGUGUUGUUGUCAUGUUUGCACUGUGCUGACCGCUGAACAUUUUAUGUUGACGGUUGUCUUUUUUCCUAUAGAACCACACCUGUACCCAAGGAGCUGGUUGCCUGUGCUUCUUGGUUCAGGGAGCCUUGUGAGUUUUUGGAGCCUCUACCCAAAUUAUCACAUUCAUUGCGAUAAAAAUUUCCCCGCCAG